GAUUUCGGUGAGUUGCAGUUGGCAGCGUUGGUCACUGAUCGGUGUCAGACACUUGAUUCGGGUUCUGGUGGGUUGGGUUAUUUCAUUUUGACGUGGUGGAUUUGUUGAGCAAAACUUCUACGUUCCUGGUAUUUCAAGUUACAGAAUGACAGAUUCCAAGUAUUUCACCACAACGAAAAAGGGGGAGAUCUUCGAAUUGAAAUCAGAGCUCAAUAAUGACAAAAAGGAGAAGAAAAGAGAAGCGGUUAAAAAGGUUAUUGCAUCAAUGACUGUUGGUAAAGAUGUGUCAGCUCUAUUUCCUGAUGUUGUGAAUUGUAUGCAAACUGACAAUUUAGAAUUGAAGAAGCUUGUUUAUUUGUAUCUUAUGAAUUAUGCCAAAAGUCAACCAGAUAUGGCCAUAAUGGCUGUUAACACAUUUGUUAAGGAUUGUGAGGAUCCCAACCCUCUAAUUCGAGCACUUGCUGUUCGUACAAUGGGUUGUAUUAGGGUGGACAAAAUUACCGAAUAUUUGUGUGAGCCUCUGCGAAAAUGCUUAAAAGAUGAAGACCCUUAUGUCCGCAAAACAGCAGCAGUCUGUGUUGCAAAACUGUAUGAUAUAAAUGCUCAGCUUGUGGAAGAUCAAGGUUUCCUUGAUCAGUUAAAGGAGUUGCUGUCUGAUUCCAAUCCAAUGGUUGUAGCCAAUGCAGUAGCAGCAUUAUCAGAAAUAAAUGAAGCUAGUGCAAGUGGUUCCCCAUUAAUUGAACUCAAUGCGCAAACCAUCAAUAAACUUCUUACUGCCCUCAAUGAGUGCACUGAAUGGGGUCAAGUUUUCAUUCUUGAUAGCUUGGCAAACUACAGUCCAAAGGAUGACAGGGAAGCCCAGAGCAUAUGUGAGCGCAUCACUCCUCGUUUAGCUCAUGCCAAUGCAGCAGUUGUUCUGUCAGCUGUAAAGGUGCUGAUGAAGUUCAUGGAAAUGUUGCCAGCAGAUUCAGACUUUGUGUCAACACUCACCAAGAAGCUCGCUCCUCCACUUGUGACUCUUCUCUCAUCAGAGCCAGAGGUCCAAUAUGUUGCUCUCAGGAAUAUCAAUCUUAUUGUACAAAAGCGGCCAGAUAUAUUGAAGCAUGAAAUGAAAGUAUUUUUUGUGAAAUACAAUGAUCCAAUCUAUGUCAAACUGGAAAAAUUGGACAUCAUGAUUCGUCUUGCAUCUCAGGCUAACAUUGCUCAAGUUCUUUCAGAAUUGAAAGAGUACGCUACUGAAGUUGAUGUGGACUUUGUUCGAAAAGCUGUAAGGGCAAUCGGCCGAUGUGCCAUAAAAGUUGAGCAGUCUGCAGAGCGGUGUGUCUCCACUCUCCUGGAUCUUAUUCAAACAAAGGUGAACUACGUUGUUCAAGAGGCUAUUGUUGUGAUCAAAGAUAUUUUUAGAAAGUAUCCCAACAAAUAUGAAAGUAUAAUUUCCACACUUUGUGAGAAUCUGGACACUUUGGAUGAACCUGAAGCCAGAGCUUCUAUGAUCUGGAUAAUUGGUGAAUAUGCUGAACGAAUUGAUAAUGCUGAUGAACUUCUUGAGAGUUUCUUAGAAGGCUUUCACGAUGAAAACACACAAGUUCAAUUGCAACUUCUCACUGCAAUUGUGAAACUUUUCUUGAAGCGACCAACUGAUACUCAAGAACUUGUUCAACAGGUGUUGAGUUUAGCUACUCAGGAUUCUGAUAAUCCUGAUUUACGUGAUCGAGGUUUCAUCUAUUGGAGAUUAUUGUCCACGGAUCCAGCUGCUGCCAAGGAAGUGGUAUUAGCAGAGAAGCCACUGAUCUCUGAAGAAACAGAUUUGUUGGAGCCAACAUUGCUUGAUGAACUGAUUUGCCACAUUUCUAGUUUGGCCUCUGUGUACCACAAGCCCCCCAACGCUUUUGUGGAAGGCCGUGGUGCAGGAGUGCGGAAGAUGUUGCCAGCUAGAGCUGGGUCACAAGAAACAGUGCUUGAGCAAACUACUGCUGCUCCAACAGAGGCACCAGCAGUCAUUCCAUCCCAAGAUUCCCUCAUUGGAGACCUUCUGAGCAUGGACAUAGGGGCCCCUGCAGUUCCUACCCAGGCUGCCUCCAAUGUAUUUGCUAGUCCAGCCUCGGCAGUGGAUUUGCUUGGUGGUGGUUUGGAUAGUUUGCUGGGAGGUGAUGUGGCUGGAAGCUCUCCUGCUCCUGUCUCCCAGUCAACCACUGGGCUACUGGGGGAUAUUUUUGGCUUUGCCUCCGUCCCCACUAGUUACACUCCUCCCAAAACCAAUUGGCUCCCUGCUGAGAAGGGGAAAGGGCUGGACAUCUGGGGCACUUUCUCAAGAAAAAAUGGACAAAUUCACAUGGAUUUGACCUUUACCAAUAGGGCCAUGCAGCCUAUGGCAGGGUUUGCAAUUCAGCUGAAUAAAAACAGCUUUGGGCUGACACCAAGUUCACCACUCACUGUCAUUACUCCCCUUCCUCCUAAUGCGACACACGACUCCUCCUUGCCAUUAGCAACAACAGGUGCUGUGCAGCGCAUGGAACCUUUGAACAAUUUGCAAGUUGCCAUAAAAAACAAUAUUGAUGUCUUCUACUUUGCAUGCGUUGUUCCUAUGAAUGUGUACUUUGCUGAAGAUGGACAAAUGGAUAAGAGAGUAUUUCUUGCUACUUGGAAAGACAUUCCAGCUCAGAAUGAGGUUCAAUAUACACUGACUAAUGUUCAAUGCAAUGCUGAUGCAGUUGUGCAAAAAAUGCAACAGAACAAUGUAUUUACUAUUGCAAAACGUAAUGUUGAAGGACAAGAUAUGCUAUACCAAUCUCUCAAACUCACCAAUGGAGUGUGGGUAUUGAAUGAACUGAAAAUUCAGCCUGGAAAUCCAAAUAUUACACUAUCUCUAAAAACAAGAGUAUUGGAUGUUGCACCUGGAGUGUUCCAGUCUUAUGAUACCAUUCUUCACGCUUAAUAUAUAUUGAAGCAUGAUCAUUGAAGUAUUAAAUGGGACCCAGAUAUACUAUAAAGCAAAUGUUACUUCUGUAUAAAAUUUUCUCUGAAUUAUAAUUUCAAAUUAAACUACAAUGAAAUUUUGUAUCAAUUGAAUCUCACCUUUGUUAUACUUGUUAACUGAAAAAGUUCACAAGUAACCAAACCCCUCUUGUAAUGUAUGUUGGUCUGAAUUUUCUGGUCUGUAAUUACUCUGGUGUUACCAUGAAAGUUUCGAGUUAAUAAAACAAGGUUGUAUGUGUAAAUUAAAUUUGUUUUUGGUGAUAAAACAUUUGCGCUGAUGUUGGAGUGAUCCAAUAAAUAUUGAUUUUCAGCCAUAUUCUUCACCUAUUAUUGUAUGAAAUACAAUUUUUGUGACAAUAUUUCAUGAAAUAAUGCAAGAAUCAAUGUAUCAUGUUAAAACUAGAUUAGUACACAAUGAAUGAAUGUAAUGAAGAUAUUAUGUAAAUGAUGUGUAUGUUAUGUUGAAAUAUAUAGUUCUUAAACUUGUUAGAGAUCUACAAAUUUGUUUUAUUGUAAUUUCAAAAUCCAGCACUGAUAGUG